AUGCACGAGACGUUCACUAGAAAUGCAGGGCAGUCUAGAGGACCAAAUGCUGGGGCUUCAAUAGCACAACAGGAGGGAGGUCAACCUACAGUAAAGCCUCAACGUGGCCCUGUGAUGGGAGGAGCACUUGACGUUUACAAUUUUUUGGAUGAUAUUCCUAUUUUAGGAAUAGACACAAACUCGAACUUGGAAGACAUUGAUGAAGAAUUUCCUGAAGUAGACUUAGCCGUUUUGGAAGAGGGUGAUUUUCCUGACAUGGCCGCCACAGCUGAGCAAGAGGAGCCUCCGGAUUUGGCUGAGCAAGAGGAGCCUCCGGAGUUGGCUGAGCAAGAGGAGCCUCCGGCUCCGGAGCCCCCUUCACGACCUAAGCGGGCUAGAGUGAUGCCGGCCCGAUACAGGGACUAGCUGAAUACUAUAUGUCACGACAACUCGACGUAAAUGAACGAGGUGGGGGCGACACUUUGUUAAAAGGCUAUUAAUUAGCAUAAGCUUUGCUAGUCCAGUGGAACUCAUCAUCACCGUAUUUUGUUUAGAUUUUCUUCUACAGUCCU